AUGUCGGAAGAAUUCGACGAAUCUGAGAUCAUUUUCUCUGACAGUUUCUUUCCAAUUCGCCAGCGGGAAGACGUGAUCGAGAAAGAAAAUCGCCCCGUUGAUUUCCGGGAAAACUCCGAAAGAGUGAGAAACAAAUCAAGACGGAGCAAAACGACGCCGUUGCCUUCACCAGCGGCUUUCUCGACCUCACUUCCGAUGAAUAUACCCGGUAAUAUGAUGCGCAGGUACUCUGAGGAGGACUAUUCCGAUGACGGAGGAAGGAAAAUGAUUCCGCCGCAUCUGAUUGUUGGACGGAGGAUCGAAGGAAGUCAAAUGGCGUUUUCCGUUUGUACUGGUAACGGAAGGACUCUCAAAGGACGAGAUCUGAGCCGGGUUCGUAAUUCGGUUCUCAGGUUAACCGGAUUUUUGGAGGCUUAA